UUUUUGCAGACUUCUCGGUUAUCGGAUUUAAGCGCUUUUGAAGUACAUCUUAAGUCGUCUUUUUGUAGUCAAAAGCUUCAACGAAAGCCUUUGUAUAUCAGUCAAUAGUGAUUAUUUCACGGUUAAAUAGUUUCUAAUCAAUCUAGAAAAAUGGUAAGGCUUUAUUCUUUAGCGGUUUUACAUCGCAACGAACAAGGCUCGCCGCAACUUCUUAAAGCUGCCUACGAUCUUUCAAGUUUUGGAUUUUUUCAAAGAAGCAGCGUCCAAGAAUUUAUGGCUUUUACAGCUAAGAUUUUGACAGAGAGGACAAAUGCAGCUUCUAGACAAUCGGUGAAACAAGGAGAAUACAUGUGUCACAUUUAUGUCAGAGGUGAUGGGCUCUGUUGUGUAUUGACAGCAGAUCAUGAAUAUCCACAGAGGGUGGCUCAUACAUUGUUAACCAAAGUGCUUGAUGAUUUUGCUGCACGUGUGGAAUCAUCCCUUUGGUCAGAAGGGAAUGCAGCUUGCGCAGCUUAUUCUGGAUUGGAGGCCUCUUUGGCAAAGUAUCAAAACCCCAGAGAAGCUGAUGCUCUAACCAAAGUUCAAGAAGAAUUAGAUGAGACCAAGAUUAUUUUGCAUAACACAAUUGAAGCAGUGUUGCAAAGAGGUGAAAAACUUGAUGAUCUUGUUUCAAAAUCCCAAGGUCUGAGUGAUGCAUCAAAAAUGUUCUAUAAGACAGCUAGGAAAACAAACUCAUGUUGCAAUUUCGGGUAAUCGUCAAAUGGUUUAUGAAAAAUGAGAUUACAUUCUGGGUCUGGCACUGUUAUAAUUAACGUUCUUUUAAAGACGGUAAAAAUUCACAUUCCCGAAUGGUUGAAAGACACGGUACGGUUAUAAAUUCAUUUUUAACUUUUGAAGGGUGCCCAAUAAUUGUCAACUUUUCCUGUCACUCUCUUUUUCGUUUCCACAACUGCACCCAUUCAUUUAGUUUCUCAUAAAUGUAUCGUACUGUGAAUGAUUAUGUGACUAAUGUUAUUAGGUAUUCGCUGAUUUUUCAUGGAUUUAUGUUUGUAUGAUCUUGAUUUUCAAUACUUGCAACAUCUGUGUCGCGAGCCCAUCGAUGUAAAAGAAAUAAACUCUUAACCAUU